AUGCCUGUCACAAUCAAGCCCUCGCCCGAGAAGGUCGGAGUCAACACCGAUACAAUCGCGACAAAUAGAAUCGACCUGCUUGAGCAACUUGAGCGGAUGAAGCAUCCCCACGCUAGCUAUGCCAAGCCAGUAUACUCCAAUAUUUCGUGUAAGCCGAUCAUGCACAGUUCAUUUGAAGACAUUGGGAAGGGCACUUCACCCAACCUUAUCCCGUAUGCCAACGGCUUCUUCGAAGGAAUCGUUCGCGCCUACCAGCAAGACCUGCACCUUGUGCUGCGCCCAGACGAUGUCUGGCAGGCGGUCAUCACCCAGUUCAGCUUCUACGUUGUUGGUCAUGCUGAAGAGCUACGCGAUAAAUUUGUCGCUCACCAGGGCAAGAAAGAGAUCGUGCUGAAGCACGCGGGUGGAAGCCCAUAUGCGAUGCAAGUCGAUAUCGUCGCAAGAAAGCUCACUUGCCUCAUCGAAGAGCAGCUGGUCAACAAACAGAUCCGGAACUGGAUCAUUCCUGACUUCAGCACGACAACUGACAAUGACAUCGCCGUUGCAAGCAUGACCAUGAUGGCAACGAUGAAGGAGUACUUCAACUACAGAGGGAAUACGGGGUGCGGGUUCCCGUCUGUCACUCUGCUGGGAGAGAGGAACGACUGGGCCAAUAUGCGGAAGCGUCUAGAUCAGCUGCCAGGCUAUGGCGAACAGCCUGCAGAAUGGGCCAAGUUACUUGUACCUGUUUUCGAUCGGUUUGUCGCGACCUUUGAUCGACCCAACGACGAAGCCCUUAAAACAUUCUGGUUAACUAUUUGUCACGCCGAACGUAAUGGAAGUGGCUCGCCUGACACGUUCUCCGGCUGGAUGACAGCUUUUGUUUUCUGGAAAACCGAUGGUUCUCGCAAUCUUCUCAGUGGCUGGCGACCGCCGAAGCAUCAAAUGGUAGCACCUCAACUGUCACUAGAUGGCCAAGUGUAUCCGAGGACCCUACAGGAGAGCAUUCCACAAGGCGUUGUCGAGGUUCCACUUGUCGUUCGGGACAUGGCGAGCAGGGUGGACCUCUAUACGCAAUUGGUCGCUGGUAGCGCUGGUAUGAGUAUAGUCGCCGAAGACGAAAACUCGACGACCGUACAGCCGAGAAGCGGUUGGUGGAUGCUGUUCCUUCGACAGAAGGCUUUUGAUCGGGGCGACAUGGAGUGCGACCAUAACCAGCCUCAAUAA